AUGUCGGAUCCUAUGGACCAAGAACCGAUGGACGAAGCGCUGGACAAUGAAAUGGAAGAUAGUGAAGAGGACAGCGAAGAAAUGGAUGAGGAGAAUGAGGGAGAAAAUGAAACAAAAGGGAUCGAAGAGGCUGCUAAAAAACCAGAAGUAUAUUUACCAGGAAAAACUUUGAAAAGGGAUGAGGAAUUGGUUGUCGAUCGCUCUGCAUACAGAAUGUUACAUCAAGCACAGACGGGUGCUCCGUGUUUGAGUUUUGAUGUGAUAAGGGAUGAUUUCGGUAAUUCUCGAGACGCGUAUCCUUUGAGUAUGUAUUUGCUCGCUGGUACACAAGCGGCGCGAACUCACGUGAAUAAUCUUUUGGUAAUGAAAAUAACGAAUUUGAGUGGUAUCAAAAGCGAUGAUGAGAGCGAGGAUGAGAGUGAUGAGGAAUUGAGUGAUUCUGAGGACGAAGGAAGUCACAGUAAACUCCCCGUAAUGGCAAUCGCGUCGAUAAAGCAUCAAGGGUGUGUAAACAGAGUGCGAUGUGCUCAAGUUGGACAAACAUGUUUCGCUGCCAGUUGGAGCGAAUUAGGUCGAGUUAAUCUUUGGAAUUUAGACGAACAGCUCAAGGCUGUUGAAAGUCCUGCUCUGUUGUCGAGUUACAAUAAAAAGGUGGAAAAAUCUGAUGCCGGUCCUAAACCCUUUUUCACCUUCAAAGGACAUUCCGUCGAAGGCUAUGGCAUUGAUUGGUGUCCCACUGAACCUGGAACACUCGCUUCUGGUGAUUGCAAAGGCAACAUUCACAUUUGGCGACACACAGAUGGUGCCAGUUGGAACGUUGAUCAGAGACCUUACAAUUCUCAUGCACCGUAUAGCGUCGAAGAUUUGCAAUGGUCACCCAAUGAAAAAAACGUUUUGGCGUCGUGUUCCGUUGAUAAAAGAUCAUUUGGAACUACAUUUUCUGAAUUGAAGUAA